AUGAUAAAAUUAGGACAUAUGUUGGUACAAGAGCAAGCUAGAUUAAGAUCGGAAAUGCAAGUUGCAUCUAAAUAAAAGAAAUUUCGAAAUGCUACAGCAUCUACAUUCUACCCAAAUAUAUCGAAAACUUCCGCAUUGUUAUAAGCAAGUCCAACCAACUCUACAAAUUUUAUCAGUUAUAAUUGUUCACCAACAUAAUCACCGAAAUAUUAUUCAUUUUCUCCUGAUCCAGAUUAAAUAACUGGUCUGAAGAAAAAUAAUGUAUAGAUAUCUUACAAAAACAAACUUGAAACUGUUUAAUUGGCGCCUAAUAAGCCACCUUUGAAAAGAGGAAAUAAAGUUACGAAUUUGAGAAAUAUUAAUACAAAUAAUACAAGUUAGCCUCAUUCUGUUAAGAACGAGGAACCAAAAGAAAAACUAUUAGAGUAAACUCACUUUUUAUGUGCAAUAAUGUAACAAUAGCAUAGUACCACCGGUAAAAUUGUUGCCAAUUUUUUAAAUGGAAAUCUAGAAAAGAAUAGCUAUGAAUCCAUAAUUCAGAUGGAGAAAUCUGCAUAAGCUUUAUAAUAAUCUGCGAAAGAAAUGUCAAAAGCAUUGUAUGCCUCUGAUGACGAAGGAGAGUUUGAGAACCUAUAAAAUAAAUUCAUUGAUCAAAUCAGAUUUUCCAAAUACAGAAAACCAACUCAAGAGAAGAAUAUUAUAUUUAAAAGAAAUUAUGGUUAAAAACACGAGAUGAUGAUAGACUAAGUGGCCUAAUAGAGAUAAAAAACUGAAGAGAAUUAAGAUUUUGAUGUUUUCAUUCCAAAGUCUUAGAUGGAUUAAUUUUUUAAAAUAAUUUAGGAUAAAAUUGAUGGUAGAAUGAAAGAAUAGACUGAAUAAUUGAUAAAAGAGGAAUAAAAACUAGUAAAUGGAAUGAUAACAAAUGUUAAGAAAUUUCGUGAGGAUAUAAGGGAAGUGAAAUAUACAAUGAAUCAUAUAAGAAAGAAUAAAAAAGCGUUAUAAUCACAACAAUAAUACCCUUAAUCUACCUUAAGAACCUUAAGAACUAUGAAAUCGUAAUCCUCUGCUAGAUUACAAAGUGACUAGGCUACUAAACUAAAUGAAGAUGCUAAAGCUGAUUUAAAACUGAGAGUGAUGAAGGCAUUAAGGAAUUUCAUGGAUAAAUUGAAAAGAUUUAACAUUACGUUAGAGGAUGUAGUAAAUAAUUAAGUGUUUCCAACUUAAGCAUACGAAAGACCAAACAGUGUUGAAUUCUUUAGACAAGUUAAAGCUGAUAAUAUAAGGGAGAUUGAAAACAUUUUACGUGAUUGUAGAUUUCACGUUUAUGAUAGGGAUAAUUAAUAAAAAACUGCUUUGCAUCAUGCUGUUAGUAUUAAUUCUAUUGAAGCGAUAAAAUUAUUGGUGGAAAAUGGUGCUGAUUUGGAUGCAAGAGACAUGAUGGGAAGAACUCCUUUGCAUUUAGCAGCAAAAAACAACAAUUGUGAUACUGUUAGGGUAUUAUUAGUCUAUCAGGCUAAUCCUUCUAUUAAGACAGUUGCAGGUAAAACUGCUUAAGAUCUCACUGAAAUGCCUGUUAUUAAAGCUCUUGUUAAAAAUGCCAAAAAAUUGCAUUUUAUGAUGAAUUUACAACCAAAUAACAAGAAAAAAGAUUUUUGGGUAGAAAAAGCUGUUGUCUAUUUCCAGGAGGAUGAUCCAGAAAAGAUUUUAAAAUUACAACUCUAUAAAAAUCAAGCAAAGUUAUUUUUAUAAUGA